CUCAUCCGGGAACUCGAGGCUGCUAAGGACGCGCUAGCGAGCUAUCUUCUUUAGCUAGAACAGUCAAUCAUUGUCGCUUUUAAUUUAUCGAAACUAUGACUUAAACUUUAAAAAAAUGAAAUGAUCGACAAGAAACAUCACUGUUUUGUUGAGCGAGCAUUUUUUAUGAGAGUGGUGGAUUGUGGGAAAUGCAGUUUCAUGUAGUAAAGUCCCCCUGACUGUAAUGGAGUCACUUCCGGGAUCCGCUGAUGAUGACGCAAUCUUGCGUUUUUCAUGUGUGCCGCACGCGCUCCACGUGGAACGGUGUUUCCCCAAUAACAGAAAAAAGCACACAUUCAUACAGAGACGGAGGGAUGGAGGGAUGGAGGGAUGAUCUGUCCAUCAUCUUAAACUGAUGCAACACCGCAGACCCAGGGCAGGAUGAGUUCAUCUCGAGUUUUAUUUCAUCCUCAUAAUCAUCAUCAUCAUCUCUGCACACUCUAUUAGAUACAGAAGCUGAUUCGCUGCAGGGGUUCCUGGUUGCCAUGGCGAUGUCUCCUCACCCCGCUGUGCAGGCUGUUAUAGACCUGUCUGCUGGAGCCAUAGGAGGGAUGGCGUGUGUGUUCAGUGGACAGUCGUUGGACACAGUGAAGGUGAAGAUGCAGUCGUUUCCGUCUCUCUAUCGGGGAUUUCUGCACUGUUUGGUCUCCACCUACAGGCAGGUGGGUAUCAGGGGGCUGUACCGGGGGACCACGCCCGCUCUGAUGGCCAACAUGGGCGAGAACUCCGUGCUCUUCAUGUGCUACGGCUUCUGCCAGGAGAUGGUGCGGCGAGUGUGUGGCCUCGACAGGAGCGCCGCCCUCAGUGAUAUACAGAAGGCGUGCGCUGGCUCUGUAGCCUCCUUCUUUUCCUCCUUUGUUUUGUGCCCUACGGAGUUAGUGAAGUGCAGACUGCAGGUGAUGAAUGAGAUGGCCACCUCGGGGAAGAUCUCUUCCACACACACCUCAGUGUGGUCAGUAAUAAAGUCCAUCAUGAAGGCUGAGGGUCCCUCUGGGUUUUUUCAGGGUCUCACUCCGACCAUCGCCAGAGAGGUGCCGGGAUACUUCUGCUUCUUCGGCGCAUAUGAAUUCUGUCGCUCCGUCUUCUCCAAACGCCUGCAGUGCAGCAAAGACGACAUCGGUGGUGUCCCCACCAUGCUGAGUGGCGGUGUGGGCGGAGCAUGUCUCUGGUUGGUGAUUUAUCCCAUGGACUGUGUGAAGUCGAGGAUCCAGGUGAUGUCCAUGACACAAAGUCAGGCUGGAUUUUACAAAACCUUCACACACAUCUUCAGGACUGAAGGUGUGAGAGCUCUGUAUUCAGGUCUCACUCCUACGAUGAUCCGGACGUUUCCGGCGAACGGCGCUCUCUUCCUGGGUUAUGAAGCAAGUCGCAAACUGAUGAUGUCACAGUUCAACAGCUGAUCUGCUGCUCUUCUACACACACACACACACACACACACGCACGCACACACACACACAGAGCUUUAUAUAUUGUAUAGCUGCUUUCAUUACUCAGCGAUCAAACACUAAUCUGAGUGACUAGAGCAGUGAUGCUAGUGUUAAUGAUUAUAUCUGUUUAGGUCUCAGUAUUAGCCGCUAAAGAGCUCUUGUUAAUCCAGACUAACACACUGUGGAGCUGAUGUUUAUUUCUGCUCUCGCUGUUCUUGGUGCCUUUGCUCCAGACGUUUUAGUCUACCUCAGAGGCCAUGUCCCAAAUCAGCACAUUUCACCCCAAGUGUGACUUGUUGAGUGUGUGUAGUGUUUUUGAGGCCUCGGUGCUGCAGUGUGUUGACCGGGCCGGUGUGACGUGGACAGCUUUCUAGUUCCAGAAGAACACUUUUAAUGAACAUUUAUUUUAAAUGAGGAAUUUAAACCCAGUUGUUUCGGGGCUGAGAUUCCCAGAAGGCAUUGCAGCAUGGUAGAGCAAGCAUUGAACACUAUCUCUCUCUCUCUCUCUCUCUCUUUCUCUCUCUCUCUCAGCUCACAUGAUUUUAACUUUGCAAUGAUUUUUGGGAAAAACUCAGCCUCGUACUGUUACCUGUUAAUAAAGCGUUUUACCUUUUACUGAAACGCAGCCGUGCAGCUGUGAAGUUUUUAAAAACAUGACUUUAUUGUCAUUUGAUGUGCCAUUAACACUAAAGGAAAAAAUUGUUUGCACAUUUUCUAAUGACUGAAGUGUUGUUUUGUGUGAGAAUAAAUCACAUACUUUAGAAA